UGAACUCGGCACCAGAAGGUUGUUUAUACCUUUUCUACUCUGAAGACAGGCGAAGCAAAGAUUUGGUGAAGAAAAUAGGAUUUCCCAAAGUUUAGGGGGGUUUCCUCUGUAUUACCAGCACAGACUGUUGUCAUCUUCUUCAGUCAUGGCUCCCUCACUGGCCACAGCCUUCUCCAGGCGAUGGUGGAUGGCGAUUACUGCGGUGAUCGAAAACCUGUUGUUCUCUGCUGUCCUGCUCGGAUGGGGCUCACUGCUCAUUAUGCUAAAAUCAGAGGGCUUUUACUCCUACCUCUGCAGAGAACCAGGUAACGGUACAGGGCAGAACGUAUCUGAGAAUGAAAAUGAUACGACAGUAGUCUCAAGAGGUGAGGAGGAGGAUAAUCUUCAGAUGAAUGGCUGGCCCAUCUGCAAAGAUCAAGACGAGAUGUUGAACCUGGCCUUCACCAUUGGCUCCUUCCUCCUCAGUGCCAUCACUCUGCCCCUCGGCAUCAUCAUGGACAAAUACGGCCCGCGCAAAUUAAGGCUGCUCGGCAGUGCCUCGUUUGCCCUCUCCUGCAUCCUGAUUGCAUAUGGAGCAAGUGACCCUAGAAAUCUUUCCAUCCUGAUCUUCUUUGCCCUGGCACUGAAUGGAUUUGGAGGAAUGUGCAUGACCUUCACCUCGCUCACACUUCCCAACAUGUUUGGUGAUCUCCGCUCCACUUUCAUCGCACUCAUGAUUGGCUCGUACGCCUCAUCCGCUGUCACCUUCCCAGGAAUAAAGGUGAUCUACGACCUCGGUAUUGCCUUAAUCACCAUUCUUCUGGUGUGGGCUGGCUGUGCUGGCCUGGUCUUCAUCAACUGCUUCUUCAACUGGCCACUCGAGCCCUUCCCAGGACCUGAGGACAUGGAUUUCACUGUGAAGAUCAAGUUCAGCUGGCUGGGCUUUGACCAUAAGAUCACAGGGAAACAGUUCUACAGGCAGGUGACCACCGUUGGUCGGAGGUUGAGUGUUGGCAAUUCAAUGAAGAACAAUCCACAACAGCUGGCCGCUCAAGACGGCAAUAAACUCUGCCUAUCAACCCUCGAUCUGGAGGUCCAGUGCAAGUCUGAAGAGGAAUCCCAGUCCUUCAUGCGGAGCAUCUUUAGCCCCAUAUUCAUGCUCAGCCUCAUCACAAUGUGUGUGACUCAGCUCCGUCUCAUCUUCUAUAUGGGGGCCAUGAACAAUAUUCUGGAGUCCCUUGCUGAUGGAGACCUAAGCAAAGUGGAGAGGAUGGAAAUGGUGAGCACGUACACAUCUAUCUUCGGGGUGCUACAGUUGCUGUGUCUCAUGACGGCUCCUGUGAUUGGUUACGUCAUGGACUGGAGGCUCAAAGAGUGCGAGGACGAAAAUGAGAAACAAGUCGCAAAGGAUCCUACUCAGCCAAAGAAACGUGACAGACAGAUCCAGAAGAUCAGCAAUGCCACCCGCGCAUUCAUCUUCACUAAUUUGCUGCUGGUUGGCUUUGGCAUGACCUGCCUGGUGCCCGAUCUUCAUCUACAGAUUUUGUCCUUUGUGUUGCACACCAUUGUGAGAGGCUUCAUCCACUCUGCCGUUGGGGGCUUGUACGCAGCUGUUUACCCGUCUUCUCAGUUUGGAAGUCUGACGGGAAUGCAGUCCCUCAUUAGCGCACUUUUUGCAUUGUUGCAACAGCCUCUCUUCAUGGCCAUGAUGGGUCCACUGGAUGGAGAUCCACUCUGGGUUAACGUGGGGUUACUGGUCCUGAGCAUGCUGGGAUUCUGCCUGCCCAGUUAUCUUCUGUGCUACGGCAGGCGGCUGCGCCGAGAGAAGCAGGAGCGCGAGGAAGACCCCAAGAUCUACGUCCAGAUCAAGAACGGCACAACCCCCGAGGCCUUUAUCUAACUGCAAUGCACAAAUGACAGCAGCUAGCAUAAAGAGCAGGAAGAAGGAGGGUGGGAAAUAGAAGAAGAGAACUGAAAGUCACAAGAAGAGUGAUAAACACCUCCCUGAUCCCUCCUUCUGUCUGUCACACACAUUCAUGUAUUCCCAACAGGCACAUAACACUCAAACAGGCACAAAAUACAGCCAAAGCAACCGAGAGUCUCACAACGUGCCACGCAAACACACAUUUACACACAAAGGACUGAAUGGACACUGUGAAAGGCAGGUCUAGAAAAAAAAAGAUGCCCUUGUCCUUGAAACAGACAAGGACUUCUAGACUUUAUAUCCUGCCUGACAAGAAAGAAGAGAAAGGCCCUCUUUUCUCACGAUUUUACCUUUUGAAUUUCAGACCACGACGAUACAAAAGACGAAGCAGAUUCAGUGAAAUUCUCUCAGGUCUGAGGAAGCCUGAUGACGAGAGUAUUACUACGUCACUAGUGUUCAACUUUGUUGCCAAGCUUGUUUCAAACAGUUUCUGCAACUAAAAACCCAUUUGUGAACUGAUUUGAAAUCACUAUGAACACUUUACAUUGCUCUCAGCUCAUAAAGCUGCUGAAAAGCGAGACGAGAACCCUCCAUUGCGGUUUGAAUAUGACAAACUGACUAACUACCUUAAAGCAGAACGACUCUGCUUGUUAUCUGUCCCAUAUGUGUUUUCAAUGGAAGUGGGCAGAUUUUAGAUUUUAAUCUCAUACAGUAUACAGUACCAGCAUGCUUUGGACAGCACGAGCAUGAAACUACAGCUUUGUCUGAACUGGGUUGAUUUUAAAGGACUUUUGGACCAUGGCACCUGAGACUAAUGUAACCUAAACACAAUUUUAGUACGAGACUUGUACUAUUAUUUGCUUUGGCAUGCAGAUUCAGUACAUCUACGUGCAAGAUAAUGCAUUUUGUACAUAUCAGUCCAUUCAGAAGGUUGUAGAAGCCAUGUGGGUCUAAAAGGUUUGGAUUAAGGCAGUAUUUUGGGGAUUAGCCUCACAUUUCGAUCAAGACUGACGAUCUUCACCAGCAAUACUCGUACCGUUCCCUAUACCACUUCCCCAUUCAGUACUACUGGUUGAGCUUCACUUGUUAGUGUUUAUUUCCUUGUAUUGACUCAAACAAUUAUUCAGGGUGUUUGACUUUUAGAGUAAUAAUUCAUAUCAGAUGUAUUCACCUGCAAUAUGAUCCCUUCAAGCUUUGCUUUGCCACUUGUGCGUUGAGGGGUAUAAAAAGACAGUGUACUCUUGGUAAAGAGAUUAGAUGCCAUUAUCGUAUAUAUACAUAUAUAUCUUGCACUACAGGGUUUAUAAUUACAGAGGUGCUUACAUUAGCCAUUACGGAGUAUAUGCGUUCUGUUCCAACCUCAUACAUACAUGGAAACCACGUUAGCCAUACACGUUACAAGAUUUUUGUGCGUUUUCUUGAUUUCUGGGUUGGCUACCAUUUAACUACGGUGCUUACUA